UUUUUCAAACUUCGAAAUUACGAAGUCGUAAGUCUGUGAGUCGUGAACGAUCGGUUUAACUGUUGUGUUAUAAUUUGUUUAAACUGAAACGCCCUUUUGGCAUAGAUAUAAGAUGACUGACAUAGAUUUGGAAGUCAUACUCGAUAAAUCUGACGGUGAAGUUGAAUGCUUUUUGGAUGUAGAUAAUGAAGUGUUUUUUGGCCCUGUUACUGAAAGGGAGAUAGAAGUUAUGAAGCCUUUACCACGAAAGACUCUUCAUCCAUGUGAAAUUGCACAAAUAUCAAAGAGAGGCAUGACUUUCCACGAAUGGGAAGAUUUCAAAGAUCAAGUUCAAAGAAAUGAAAUGAAUGAUAAAGCUAUUCAAGAAGUUUACGGUCUUGAUCCUGAUACUACAGAAGAGUCGUUUACAAGUUGCUACACAUCAAAUGGAGAUGUGGCAAAACAAGUUUCAUGUGACAUAAUAGAUGUCAAUAAUCUAUCUGCUAAAUCCUUACACGAACCAAGCAUAGUACCCAGUUUGGAGAAUUUGUCAUAUUCAAGCAUAAACCAAAAGGAGGAUGCAUGUGUACUAGAUUCAAGCCCAGACCAAUCUCAUGUGGAAUCUGUGCAUGAAUCAAUCAUAGAUGGAAGUCAGCUGGAGGUUUCUGAUGUUGGUGAGCUAAAUGACACCUGGGAAAUCCAAGAAAGGAUGCUUGCAUUAGCUGAAAGGCUGGAAAGAGGAGAAGAUAUUCCUGAAUUAGGUAUUUGUCGUCACUCUUCAGGAGUAGUGGAGUACACAGCAAGAGACAACAAGUCUUACAAGGAAAGCAAAUUGGAAGCGUCUCCGCCGGACAACCAGCUGCAUACGGCCAGUGAAUACGAAGGCGGAAAGGAAAACAUUAAAGCUCAGGAUUUAGAGGAAUGUAAAAACAGGAAGAGCGAUCUUGAACCGUGUGUUGCAGAAAACAGUACUGCCGUAACUCAACAUCUAGCCAUCAAAUUAGCCAUUGAACGAAAAACGAAAUCUGUAGAAGCCCUGGCCGAAGAAAUGGAUUGUCUAUUUUUGGCCCAAAGUGUUCUAGAGACACCCACUAAGAAGGACGCGCAAACAGCUGAAAUGUGCCAUAUGCCUUCUCCCUCUCGGACUAAACUGGAAACCCCUAUGAAGACACCAUCGCAUUAUGGCAUAAAAUGUCAAUCAACUCCUUUGCAACACGGAAGUGCUAAGAAAGCUGCCACGACAAAAAAUAUGGUGCCGAAGAAUGCCUUAGUUGCUUCAAGUCCCGUUGGAAUGUAUAUCCGCAGUUUGCCAGAGCCCAUCUUGAUUGAAAAUGUCCGUUCGGCUCAGAAAAAAAAGCAAAUACAGAGCAUACCUAUGAUUAAGCCAGUUCCAGUCGCCGUUAAGAAUAAAGAUGGGCGUUGGAGUGUAGCUAAGACGCCACGAAGCAGCAGUGUUUCAUCGAAGGAGAAUUGUGUUCAAGAAAGCGAUUUCGUACCAGUCCUUCCAUGUGUUCUACACGAAGCUGCUGCUACCCUGAUUAACGAGCAGCCUAUGCCUUCUCCCCGUAAGAUGCCUGGAACGAGAGGCAAAAUAGGAAAACUAAUGGAAAGAGGACCUAUACCAACAGUUAUGAAACAUAAUGGUCGAAUUCAAAUCUCCCGAAACACUGCCACGUCAACUAAAAUAAUCCAUUCACCAAUGUCAGCAAGAUGCGUUGAACCGUCGAAUUCUCUUAUGGAAGUUUCCGUCCUCGAGGCUGUUGAAGGGAACAAGCUGUACACGCCGAAUAGAACCACUGCAUCUGGCCGCAAAUAGUGAGGAAGACGCUUCUAAAUAUAUAUAUUCCGUUUCCAC